AUGGGCGCAUUUUUUUUGUCAAGAAAGGAUCUCUACAGGCGUCGCUUCCCAAAAAUCAGCGCUCAUUCGACGCCCACACUUCAAAAGCGACGCCACAGCGUUGCCUUCACUCGACUUGAAGUUAGUCUUCCCUUCACCAAUAAUAACUAUUGCAUGCCUCGUCAUAUGAGCGUAGUCUUGAGUGUUUUUCGAACCCUGAAAAAUCUCUAGCGGCCAGCACCUUUUGAGGAGAGCUUUUGACAGUGAUAGGUACCAACCCUAUGCCAAGAAGUUAGUGCCUUGUGCGGCGGCGUGCCGUAGAGACAUCUACG